UUCCAGAGACCCGUCCGACUCCAUGGCAACGCACCUACCGCCAUAGCUAAUCCCGUUUGUUUUCAGCUGCGGGCGGCAGAGUAAAAACACUCAUUUUCUACAACUAGCGAUACAAGAGGAACACGUGACUUUAAUUUAAAUGUACCAGCGUCCAUAUUUAGCACACAAGACGCUUUAAUGAGAGUCCAGGCGCGGACAGGACGCUUAGCUGUUAGCACUGCUAGCUAACAGACCGUUUACAGAAACUGCACUCACCUCCAUUUUAAGAUGUUGGUGUGAACCUUGCGUCAGUUACACGUGUCUUCCCGCAGACAGGCGAUGCAGGUGUUGCCUGUUUGGGGGCUUGCCAUCCCUCUCCCGGCUGUGCUCAUGAUAACUCUGAGCCUGUACAUGAUCGUCCUGGGGAUUGGACUGUGGAUCCGAUCCUGCCUCAAGGACCGCUGUUCUUCAGACUGCGCUGACUGCUGCCCAGACGUUUCCGUAUGUGAGCAGUGCUUCAGGCUGGCACAGCUCUGUGACUGCAGUCUGCCGUCCGUGCAGUCAUGUUGGACCGACAAGUGCCCCACUUCCUCUUGUGCCAAGUGGGACUGUGCCUGCACCUGCCAGCCUCCUGAGUGCGAGUCCUGCAACUGUCUCUGCUUUGAGAUCAGGAUCAGGUAGAAGAACGGGACGGGAGCGCACCGAUUUCCACGGUCAACUGACUGACCGACCACACAAGCUGAAGUCCUGCGGUGCUUCUCUCAGGAGGACAGAGGAGUUCAUGAGCUGUUCUGCUGCGAGCCACCGGGGGGCGAGCUCUCAUGUCACAGCAGGAGAUGAAGCGUUUGAUACCACAGCACAUCAGGAUGCUCCCCUUUUUAAUGACUUUAUUCUAUAUUUUCAUGCUAAUAUUACACACACAAAGUGCUUGAAGAAGAGCCAAUUAGGCCCCAAAAUUCUCUACUUUGUAGUAUGACAGAAGAGAUGUUCUUGUGUUAAAUCUGAUGUUCUCAGAUUUGCUUGUGCUCAGUGUGUAUCAUCACUUGCAAAAUGCCAAAACUCACCUUUAAAAGUAGAAGGAACACUCGCAUUACUGUGAGGGAGACGGUUUUAUUUUCCAUAUGAGACGACAGCUGGUGUGGUGUCUUUUUAUUUAUGAUGAAACAGUAAAUCUGACUGCACAGUCUUUUCACUUUGACUGAACCCCAGCGUGAUCAAAGCUGGUUUUUUUGAUCCCGUCGGUGUUUCUGGAGGUGCUUUUUCUGUCGUCUGUUCGGACUUGACGCCUUCUGUGGUCCUGAAUGUUCGUCUCCUUCAAAAUUACCAUAAACUAGUAAUGAGUUGGCAGCUCUGUGUAUGUAAUUACUGCAUUUAUGUCUGGCAAGUUCAGUUGAAAGAAACAAUCCAAGCGCA